AUGUUUGAUGUGGCGGUGAUUGGUGGCGGUGUUGUAGGCUGUGCUAUUGCUCGGCAACUUGCCGUGCGUGGUUUUAAAGUCGUAAUCUUGGAAAAAGAAAAGGAACUGUUAUCGGGAGCGAGUUCGGGAAACAGUGGAAUUACGACCGUCGGAUUUGACGUUCCUCUUGGCUCCUUAGAACUGAAACUUAUCAAGAGAAGCAGAGAAAUAAAUUUGGAAUUUUAUAAAAAGCUCGGCAUUCCUCACAGAAAAGUAGGAGCUCUCAUGGUCGCCUGGAGUGAGGCCGAGCUGCGGCGACUCCCGGAUGUGGUCAAGCAUGCGGAGUCUACAGGGGUCACCAACCUAGUUACGUUGGGUCCGACGGAGCUGCUGCGGAUUGAGCCGAACCUUAAUCCGUCUCUCCUUGGUGGGAUACUGUUUCCCGAUGAAACAGUUGUUGAUGCUUGGUUGCUUCCGAUUGUUUAUGUUCGAGAUGCUUUGCAGUGUGGAGCUGUUGUCAAUAGGGAGGCAGAAGUAACGCGUGCUGAUUGGAGCAAUGAUUCUAAAUUCUGGAAAUUAUAUUUGGCGAAUGGAUCGCAAGUAGAGGCAUCGUGUGUUGUAAAUGCUGCAGGUUUAUAUGGAGACAAACUAGAGGAAUGUCGGAUUCCGGUUUCUGUUGCGCCCAAGUUUUAUAUAAAACCGAGAAAAGGUCAAUUUGUUGUGUUUGAAAAGUCGGACGAUCGUAUGUUAAAUCACAUAAUAAUGCCCGUACCCUCUAAGGCAGGCAGAGGUGUAUUAUUAUUUACAUCUGUCUAUGGCGACAUUGUUGUUGGACCUACAGCUGAGGAACAGUCUGCUAGAGACGUGAUGUCAGUGGAUGAAAUUACUCUAAAAAAGCUUGUUAAUCGAGCCGUUUUGAUACUGCCAUGUUUGAAGGGUUUAAAGAUAUCGUCUUUCUAUGCCGGUUUACGGCCAGGGUCUGAUAACGAAGACUAUGUUAUUCAUAGUGAUUCGAACUGUCCUUGGGUCACAGUUGCUGGUAUUCGAUCUACGGGUGUUUCUGCAUCUUUAGCUAUUGCCGAACACGUGGAGAAGAUGAUUGUUGAAUGUGGACUAAACGUUUUGUCUACUAAAGUGGAGAAUGAUUUACCUACUCGUCCACAUAUUGAGUUCGACAGUAAGCAAGAGGCAAUUCAACUGAAUGGUCAACUGUUUCGAGUGACCCAUCAUUUAUCAAAGUUGGGCAUCCCAAUGAAAUGCAGUAGAUUAUAAGAGUGCAGUUUUACCUUUCAUCUCUAUUAACUAACACUAGAGAUAACUUUAUGUAGCCAGAACUUCUGGGCAGGAUACUGUCAAACUUUCAGUUUGUUUUCUGUUUGAACUUUAGAGCCGAUUUGGUGUGCUAACACGAGAAAACAUCUAUUUUCUCUAGCUUCUAUUGCCUGAUUUAUGCAACACUGGAGGCUGUAAUUCGGAGUAGUUUGUGUAGUUUCUCAAACAUGCCAACAAAUAUCCACAAUUACACUUUGAAUGAACAUAAAAAAAUUCAAAUUUUGUGAUUAUAAAAGAAUGUGGACCAAUUCGUCA